AUGUUCCUCAAACAAUGUUUGCCUAAUUUGGGUAGACAAUAUAUAACAAGAACAAUACUAGCGCAACCGAUAAGACACCAGUCAAUUAUAAGACAAUUCUCAAAUUCAUCAUCAAUUCUUUCUUCGACAACCAACAAAGACAUACCAGGUACAACAUCACCAUUAUCAAACCUUAAAGAAUUAAAUGACUUAACAGAAAAAGUAAUACCCGCAGCAACAGAAUCACCAUCAACAACCACAUUCACUCCAUCAAAAGUAAAAGUAAAUGAAAAAAUAGUAUAUUGGAAAUUAUACGCAACAUUUAAUAGACAUAAUACAAGAUGUACAUUAGUAGCAGUAGUUGAAGAUUUAAACUUUUUAGAAUCAAAUGCCAAUUUAUCUUAUAAUGAAAAAGUAUUAUACUAUUUACAAUUACCACAUAAAGUCAAAUACUCAAUAACAGCAGGUCAAUUAGGUUUUAGAAAAUCUCAAAGACAAGAAUAUGAAGCUGGAUUUCAAGUAUCUUCCAAAAUGUUCAAAAUAAUUCAAGAAAGAAAUUAUAUUGGACCAAACGAUAAGAUUGAAUUAAUAUUAAAGAAUUUUGGUAAAGGUAGAGAAGCAUUUCAAGCUGCCUUGUUAGGUAAAGAAGGUUCAUUUUUAAAAAAUAAUAUUGUUAGAAUUAGUGAUUCUACUGUUAUUAGAUUUGGUGGUAAUAGACCAAAGAAAUUAAGACGUUUAUAG